GCUAUGACUAUUAUUUAUGUAAAGUCAACAUAUUGUGUGAAAAUUAAAAGAAAACAUCUGGUCGACCACGAUUCACAUGUGUUGCAUGUACUGUUGUGCAAGUGAUUGAGCUGUCAACUUUCGUUUCAACCAAUAUGUCGAGCCGAGCGUUGAGGAAACUGCAAGGGAAGACACACCAGGAGAUAGAUCCGUUGAGUGUCGUGAGCCAUGAUUCCGAAGAAGACAGUGACAGCACCAAAAACGAUGAAAGCACGAACAGGAAAUCGAAGAAAAAUAAACACAAGAAAAAUGUACCUUUAAAUCCCUUUGAAUUGCUGGAAGCAGAGGACAAUGAUCAGGAGGUUUUAAAUGAAGAAGAAACUCUGCAAGCAGAACAACCAGAAAACCAAGCAGAUACCAGAAAGAAGAAAAAGAAAAAGAAGAAAAAACAAAAAGAAAAAACAAACAAAGUUGUUGACGAAGACUUUGAGGCCAGUUUAAAGCUGGCAGAGGGAGCAGAUAACGCAGAUGUCAAUGGAGACAUCCCUGCCUCAACCCCCAUCACACAAAACAUGCGAGCUCUCCUCUUUGUAGAACACAAAAAUCUUAACCCAGACAAUGAAAUGAGGCGGAUAUUCGGUUCGCGAGUCGUACAAGGUGAAAACAGCCGUCGUCAGCGUCAGCAACGAGGGAGAACGCGACAGAGGGUAUCCUGGUUGACCACUCCCCGCGACAACUGGCCACCUAUGGGCAAGACUGGAUUGACCAUGUCGUUCCUGGAGACCCGAGGAGGCUGUCAGUACUUUACAUUUGAACAUAGCCAGAGUUACCAGGAUGUCGAGUUCCAGUUCUAUGAUGCUGUAGAAUCUCUGAACCCCCAAAACAUUGCAAAUAUUAUACAGCUCCACCCUUAUCAUGUGGCUGCCCUACUACAGCUCAGUGAGGUGUUCCACAUGGGAGAAGACGCCCAGGCCUCCGCAGAGCUCAUAGAGCGAGCACUGCUGUCGUGUGAACUUUCCUUCCAUCCUCUAUUCAGUCUUACCACAGGGACAACUCGACUUGAUUUCAAAAGAUCUGAGAACAGGCCCUUUUUCCUGACAUUGUUCAAACAUCUAGCCAUUGUUGGUCAGAAGGGAUGCUACAAGACAGCUUUGGAGUUCUGUAAACUCCUUCUCAGCCUGGAGCCUGAGAUGGACCCCAUGUGUGUUCUGUUGAUGAUUGACUUCUACGCCCUUAGGGCCCAGGAGUACUCCUUUAUAGUACGGCUAUACCAGGAGUGGGAGGCCCACAGAAAUCUUACUCAGCUUCCAAACUUUGCAUUUUCCGUUCCCUUGGCAAUGUAUCUCCUGGCCAUUAACCAAGAGGAGGACUCCAGUAAGGCUGAUACUAUGCUUCAGGAAUCCCUGUUGAUGUUCCCAGGAAUGCUUCAACCCCUCCUGGACAAGUGCAAUAUAAACCCUGACCCCCAAGUCUCUAGUCAUGCUUUCUUUGGCCCAGACUCACAGUACAGUCAGCCUCCUGCUCUGAAGCAGCUGAUUGGUCUGUAUAUAGGUCGCUGUUACUCUUGCUGGAAGCAGCCAGAGGUGUUAGAAUGGCUAGAGCGUAAUGUGAAGGUCGUUCUACAGCGUGUAGAUAACAAAGACAGUAUGGUGGAACAGUGUCGAAUCAAGCGACUUUCGCGGUACCAAGGCACACCCCGCAACAUCCUGAGACAUAUUCUCAUAUCAGAGAUCAAGGACGCGACAGCAGCCCUCCCUCCAGACAUAGCCAAUACUACUGUGUUAAGUUACGACCCCCUACCUCCAUUGGAUUCUGUGUGUGGCUACAACAGGCCUGAAAGGCCCAGGGCAGUAGAAGAUGCAGGUGCCUUGUCUACUUUUUUCCGAUCUUUGUUGCCAAACUUUAAUGUUGACGAGCCGGCUGCAGCAGCUGGUGCAGCAGGAGGACAGCAUGGCAAUGACCUGCGUCAGGGCAUCGGAGUACUUAUGGAUGCCAUGAGAGACCUGCUCAACAACAUCAGGCCAGUGGACGUCCCUAGGGACAACCAAGGGGACAACCCCGAAAAUGAUGGGAAUGAUGAUAUAGAGCCAGGAGAGUGGGAUUGAUAUCAGGGAACUUUAUAUGGGGAGGGGGUUAGGGUUUAUAUAGUGGGGUUCAAAUCUGUAAUGCCUAUUUGUGUUGGUUUUUAUUUCUUAAACCAGUUUCUUCUACUGAAUUGACCAAUGUUUUUAGUCAGGUGAUAAACAUUUUAUCCGAUAUUCAUCUUUAAAAAAAAGACGAGAAAACUGACACCCAGGCUUUGAACUGCUUUUUGACACAAUGAAAUGACUAAUUAAGGUUGACAGGACUAGACUCCCUUAUAUUGACACAUUGACAUGACUAGAUUCCCUUAUGUUGACUCAUGGACAUGACUAGACUUCCUUAUGUUGACACAUGGACAUGAUUAGACUCCCUUAUGUUGACACAUGGACAUGACUAGACUGCCUUAUAUUGACACAUGGACAUGACUAGACUUCCUUAUAUUGACACAUUGACAUGACUAGAUUCCCUUAUGUUGACACAUGGACAUGAUUAGACUCCCUUAUGUUGACACAUGGACAUGACUAGACUGCCUUAUAUUGACACAUGGACAUGACUAGACUGCCUUAUAUUGACACAUGGACAUGACUAGAUUCCCUUAUGUUGACACAUGGACAUGACUAGACUGCCUUAUAUUGACACAUGAACAUGACUAGAUUCCCUUAUAUUGACACAUGAACAUGACUAGAUUCCCUUAUAUUGACACAUGGACAUGACAAGACUCCCUUAUGUUGACACAUGGACAUGACUAGACUGCCUUAUAUUGACACAUGAACAUGACUAGAUUCCCUUAUGUUGACACAUGAACAUGACUAGACUGUCUUAUAUUGACACAUGAACAUGACUAGAUUCCCUUAUGUUGACACAUGGACAUGACUAGACUGUCUUAUAUUGACACAUGAACAUGACUAGACUCCCUUAUGUUGACACAUGGACAUGACAAGACUCCCUUAUGUUGACACAUGGACAUGACUAGACUGCCUUAUAUUGACACAUGAACAUGACUAGAUUCCCUUAUGUUGACACAUGGACAUGACUUAUCACUAAUGUUAAUACAUGGACAUGACUAGACUGCCUUAUGUUGACACAUUGACAUGACUAGACUGCCUUAUGUUGACACAUUGACAUGACUAGACUGCCUUAUGUUGACACAUUGACAUGACUAGACUGCCUUAUGUGGACACUUGGACAAAACUAAUCACUUAUGUUGAUACAUGUGUAGGAAUAAUCCCUUAUGUGGACACUGGGCAAUGGUAGACAAGCCAUAGGGUGCUAUAAAUGAUCAGGAAAGUAUAGUAUGCAUUUUAUACAGGAUUUUAACUUCAUAUUGUAAGAAAUGUAUAAACAUUUUCAGGUCAUCAACACAUUAGUAAUACAUGUAUUAAAAUGAAUAUAUAUAAGAAGGAUAUGAUACAACAGAAUUGAUGUAGAUCAGAGGUGGCCGUAUAGAAAUUGCUGCUAAGGCAGUCACCUUGUAAGUUAUUGUUCCUUGCAUUUAAUGUAUGUCGGAGCUUUUAUAUAUAACUGUGAUAAGGGUAAGCAAAUAAAAGUGGUGAGGAAAUA